CAGCAAUAAUCGAACUUACUUUCUUCUCUACUUUAUCUUCUGCCAACCUCCAGGUAAUAAAACUUGAACAAAAAGGCUAAGCGCUGAUAAUAACAAAUAUCCACACCAAACACACGCCAUGUCUAAAGUUCUUGAAAACAAGUUGAAACAGGAAUUGAAGGAAAUCGCCAUUUCCUUAGGCCUCCCAGCCAAAACAAACAACACCAAGGGCCAGCUUCUUGAAAUGAUCAAGGACCAUUUCUUAGAGCACGAACAUUUCUCUGAGGAUAGCAGAUACGCUGCGUUUUUCCCAAUCGCCGAGUCCGAGACCGUUGUGAUUGCCGUUGAAGAGCUGGCGUCUGAGGAUGAAGACAAUGGAAAGACUGAUACCGGAAAAAAUGUUGGGGACGAGGCUGAAGACGAAGAAGACGCCGACUACGUUCCUUCGGCAGACUUGACCACAAAGAUUGCGGACCCGUUGAUUGACUUACAAGAACAAUUGGUCUCGUACUUGUAUAAGACGACCGACAAAUUAGGGAUUACUGCUACCAAGUACAGCGAUUGUGUCAGAUCUCAUUUAAGUGAGGUCGUGAAUUUGACCAUGGCUCAGAUCGGUCUCGAAUUUUUGAUCUUUUGGAAGGAGUUCAUUCCAUUGAUUAGAUUGGAUGAGAUUGAGGCUUUCCACAAUGUCAGAUUCAACCCAGAAUUUGUCGGUGAUUUGAAGGUCGUGGACUUUACUGAGUUUUUCACUUUGAAGUCCGUCUAUAUCUUAUCGUCUUGGGCCACCUUGUCUAUUUUGUUGCCAUUAGUUUUAUCCUAUUACGUGAAUUUCACCACCAGACACGGAAAGAGAUCAUACACGUUUGACCCUUUUACUUUCAACGUGUUCCGUUUCUUUUUAUUCCUGGCGGGCUUACAAAGAAUUGUCUUCAACUUCGGUGAUUUGACCUUGUUGGACAGUUUCGAAACCUGUGAAUUAGCUAACUACGGUAUCUUGGCUUUGAACAACUUCGGCCAAUUUUUGGGAACCUUGGGCGGCUUGCCUUCCGCUUCCAGUGCAGGCCUCAUCUUGAUUACCCUUUACUCCCAGUUCAGUUCCUAGUUCCGUGGGAAAACUUUGAAUACGUAAUCCAGUUCAAGCACCUGGUGCUUGCUCCCUGGGUUUACCAUUUUCUUUGGAUCUCAUCUUUUCGAACUAUAUUCGUGCUUCUGGAAGUGCCGAAUUACAUUCUUGGGGGUAACGGUGAGCUUCUGAGGGAAAGCUGUACACUACCACAUACGGGAUGACCCACGAUGUGCCCGCCUCCAACUCUCUCUGACUUCAGUCGAAGUCAGCUUUUUGUAUUAUUUUCUCUUUUUUAUUUUUUUAUUUGCCACGUUUACUUUUACGUCUUUUUUUUCCCCUUUUACAAAUUAACUUGAUAGCUCUCACCGACAUAUUUUUACCAACUCGGUUUCUUUUACGCGCUUCCAUUGAUGUAUUAUUGCCCUUUUCUAAUCACUUAUUUUUUUUAUCGAGAUCUGUAUAAUCCGGCUCUGUCCACACCGUUUCGGAGAGCAAAUAUAUAAGGCGGAAUAUCU